GAAGGUAGAAAGAGAGUGGAAAUAGCAAUAGCAGUCCGUCGUCCAUCGGUAACUGCCUGCCCAUGAUCGACAAUGUUGAUUUAAAUUUGCAGUAGCGAACAAUGAGGCGGAGGGUGUUUGUGCAUCAUGCAGAAAAUAUAGAUUUUGUUUCACUGAUAACUCCAAUUCCCGCACCUUUCAAUUUCACUUCAAAUUCUCCAUUCCUUCAAUUAUCUAUAUCUAUACCACCUCCGCAAUUUCAAUUAAGCUCCAUUGAUUCUUCGCAAUGGCCUCCGGCCCCGCAUCCCACAAGGUCUUCGGCGACGGCAUUUGCGAGAGGUUUGAGUAUUCCGGCUGGGUUUAUCAUCUCGGUGUCAAUAAAAUAGGGCGCGAGUAUUGCCACUUCCGCUUUCUCUCCAUACGCGGCAAGUAUUUGGAGAUGUACAAACGCGACCCUCAGGACAAUCCCGGCAUUAGACCUAUUCGAAGGGGUGUCAUAGGGCAUACGCUUCUGGUAGAGGAAUUGGGUCGGCGGAAGGUGAACCGUGGUGAUGUGUAUCCGUUAAGGUUCUACAAUCGUUUGGAUGAAGCAAAAAAGGGUGAAAUUGCUUGUGCUACUGCUGGUGAUGCCCGAAAAUGGAUGGAAGCAUUUGAUCAUGCUAAACAAGUGGUAGAGUACGAGUUAUCACAGGGUGCUAGUGUGAGAAACAAGCUGAAUAUGGAGAAUGAGAUUGACCUGGAGGGUCAUCGGCAUAGAGUGCGGCAUUAUGCUCAUGGUCUGAAAAGGCUAAUUAGGAUUGGACAAGGGCCAGAAAUGCUUGUGCGCAAAGCCUCGGGCAUAUCUGGGAAUGGUGUAGAGACAUGUUAUGAUGCAGAUGGUGGUGAUGCUGUUGAAGCACAUGAAUGGAGAUGUGUCCGCACAGUCAAUGGUGUGAGAAUAUUUGAAGAUGCCACCAGCUCCACGAAUGGUAAAGGGGUACUGGUCAAAGCGGUUGGUGUCGUUGAUGCGAGUGCAGAUACUGUAUUUGAAAUUGUGUUAAAUCCUGAUCGACAUAGGAGAUAUGAGUGGGAUUCUUUGACUGGUGACUUGGAGUUAGUUGAUUCUUUAGAUGGACACUAUGAUGUUGUAUAUGGGACUUUUGAUCCACGAUAUCUAACUUGGUGGCAGUCAAAGAGGGACUUUGUCUUUUCAAGGCAAUGGUUUCGCGGACAAGAUGGAACAUAUACAAUCCUGCAGGUUCCUUCUGUGCACAAGAAUCGGCCUCCAAGAUAUGGCUAUGAACGCACAAAACUUAACCCUUCCACUUGGGAGAUGAGUGAUUUAAGCACAUCUUCUUCGUUAAAUAGUGCGAGAUGUCUCGUCACACAAACACUAGAAAUAAACCCCAAAGGUUGGUCCAAGUGGAGGAACAAGAACUGUCCGAAGUUUGAAAAGACUGUUCCUUAUGCGUUACUAAGUCAAGUAUCAGGACUAAAGGAAUACAUUGGAGCAAACCCAGCACUUGCAUCUGUGUUCUCCACCACAAUAGUUCAUUCCAAUUCUUCUGAUCUUUCUGGAGCCAACAAUGAAUUUGAGGGUGCAGAAGGAGCAGAGGAGUUCUAUGAUGCAGCUGAUGAUUCAUCCUCUGAUGAAGACAAUAAUGAGAACGACAAUGAAGUAGAAGUCAAUAAGGAUAUGAAGACUAAAGUGAGGAAUAUUUCCUGGGCUGUAGCAGGUUUAUCCGCGAAAAAGACUUCAGCACAAGAAUCAAGUGUGCUGGACACACUUGUACCUCCUAUUAAUCUCAACUCGGAUGAGUAUCAUGGAACCAUGAGGAGAUCGAAGGAUGAACUUGACAAGAAUUGCUGGUCAUCUCCUGACGGUUCUGGAUUCAUGAUCAGAGGGAAGACAUACUUGAAAGAUAGCAUGAAGGUGAAAGGUGGAGAACCUCUUCUUAAGCUAGUAGCAGUUGACUGGUUCAAGGUGGAAGAUUGUGCCUCAAAAGUUGCAUUGCGUCCUAAAAGCCUAGUUCAGAGUGAUGCAGGGAAAAAGCUUCCAUUCAUCUUCGUUAUCAAUCUUGAGGUGCCAGCUAGACCAAACUAUAGCCUUGUUCUAUAUUAUGCUGCAGACAGGCCUGUAAUAAAAAACUCACUCUUGGGGAAAUUUAUUGAUGGCACUGUCAUGUAUCGUGAUUCAAGAUUCAAACUUAUUCCUAGCAUUGUAGAGGGUUACUGGAUGGUAAAACGUGCUGUUGGAACAAAAUCAUGCCUUCUUGGAAAGGCAGUAACAUGCAACUACGUUAGACAAGACAAUUUUCUUGAGAUUGAUGUGGAUAUUGGUUCAUCAUCUGUAGCCAGGAGCGUGAUUAGUCUCGUUCUUGGAUAUGUCACAAGCAUUGUUGUUGAUCUUGCCAUAGUUAUUGAGGCAAAAGAAGAGGAAGAACUGCCCGAAUUCAUUCUUGGAACUGUUAGGCUAAACCGUGUACAGCUUGAUACUGCUGUCGACUUGGAUAAGUGAUCGAUUAAUGAAACCAAUCUUUGUCACCAACGAGGGUCACUUGUUGCAGGAGGUGGGUGAUCAUGGAUCGAGAUUGAGAAGAAUACACCCUCAGCUUCAAUAAAUAAAUUUGAGGAGUUGUUAAUGAUGGCUCAAAAUCAGUGCUCUCUUGUUUACUAAUAAAGUUAUUUUGAUGGAUCUAAUUUAUAUCACAUCAGUUGAGAGAAUAAAAAAAUGGCCUUAAAGUAUUAAUUUCAAUAUAUUAUCCCAUAAAGUAUUUGUUUAAUAAGAAAUAUGUUUAGCAAUCACAACCAGUAGAAGAAGUGUAAAGUUCGUCCAUAUUCGGGCAAAUGUUGACAGAUAGAUAGCUGUCAUUGUCAUUUUCUUGAUGCUUUUAUGUGUUUACUUUCUACUACUAUUAAUCCAGAAUUUAUGGACCAUUGUUUGCUGUCA